UACCUCGGAUUUAGUCGUGGGUCCAUCCUCGACGUCGAAGCAUCACAGCGCAUCAGGAUUUAUUUACACUCGAUUUUCAGUGACGAAUAACGGAGGACCUGCUAUACUAUUUUGAAUUUUAAAAAAAUUUGUAAAAACAAAAAUACUAACAUUUUAACGCCGAGCGAUGAGGAAGACCUGAAGACACGCUAGAAAAACAACGGAUUGACGCUCACAUAAUAAUCUGUGAUUAAAAAAAUGGUGCUUGUAUUGGGUGGAGUAGUGCUCGACGAGGCUUCCAUCGACUCGAGGAACUUGUUCCAUGCGGCGCCACAUCUCAAGGAAGCUGCCGCUCACGUGGCCUCUCUCCCGCCCAAAGUGGUUUCGCCCAUCGGUCUGCUCUAUCUCCAUCAACGAGAGUUCGCCGUCACUCUUCCGCAAGACACAGAAAAUGUUUCACUCUUGGGAACGGAUGAUUGCAGCACGUGCAUCGUCGUCAUUUUACGUCAUACCGGUUCGGGAGCGACUUGCAUGGCUCAUGUUGAUGGAGCUGACCAAGAGAGCGGCAUCACGCCGUUAAUAUCGCGAAUACAAGAAGUCUCACUGGGUUACGCAAACGGUCGGAUAGAGCUGCAUCUUGUAGGUGGUUACAUGGAUCCUAGGGGAUAUUCUGAACGUCUUGUCAUUAGCCUUUUGCAUGCGUUUCACAAAGAGCCUGUCGAAAUCGAUCUAGUUUUUGCCUGCAUCGGUGAAAUGAACACUACCAUCCGCGGUGGAUUAGCUUGGCCAAUCAUCUACGGAGUUGGCUUCAAUGUCAAAACGGGAGAGAUAUUUCACGCCACCUUUCCCGAUAAAGGACCGGACAUGGCAUUGCGAUCGGCCCGCCAAUUGACGGGAUCCUCUCAUCUGAUGGAUAUGUAUGAUUGCACUCUGGGUGUGAUGCGUGUCGGGCCUUAUCACUACCAACCGCUACGUGGUGUAAACUUGUGGUUGGAACAGACUGACGAUUUUAUCGUCUCACAAUUGUCUACCGCACCUGAAGUGGAAUUGCCUCAUUUCGCCAGCAAGAUAAGGACGGCCUUAAAGUACAUGCGGGAUCAUCCGUUCCCAGCAGUGACAGUCUUUCAAGAUAACCGGCCAAGAUACUUCCGGAGGGAUGAAUCUGGAGCUUGGGUGCAUAUGCGUUACUAAAACAACCAAAGAUCGACCACAAAGAUAAACAAAUACGCUAGAUCAAGAGAGGGAAGACAUUUUUUUUAAACGAAUUGCUUAGAAAAAGAAAAGCAUUCUUACGACCGAGAGAAACAAAGUGUUAGAAACACUUUAUUUCGUCAAUAAUUUCGGCAAUUAAAAAUCACAUGAAGGUUUUUUAUUUGUUUUUCAAAUCUGGGCUUCUCAAAAAGCUCAAGAUGUCCUUCUAAACGGUGAUUGGCGUGUGUAACGUCAAAGUGCUGAGAAAGGCUUCACUUUAAAGCACGUUUUUGUUUUUAUAUUCAUUCGUGAUGGUCUUGGCAUUUGCUGAUCACUGACGAAUUGUACACAUAUCUACAUCGUAUGGGCAAUGCAUUGUUUAUCAUAGAGGGUCUAUGUCAUUUUAUUAUAACCAAACAAAGGUUUUAUAGCCUGUUCACUUUUUUUUAAAAUUUGAAUCGAUUUUAUCCGAAUAGAAAAAAUAAACAAAUAAUUUCAUUUUA